ACAUCAUGCUUCUCUUGAACCAAAAAGCUUUGCUCUUUAUCCAGCUGGUAAAUAUCUGGAGUGUCUCAACAGCAGACCACUCUGAUGUGUCGGUGUCCAGAGGAGACCCAGUCGUGCUCACUUGCUAUAUGUCUAAUGAAAAUACAACAAUGACCCAGUGGACCAAAGACGGAUGGUAUUUUAUGCACUCCUCCUCCAGUAAUCGAACUUUUUCUAAUUUCUCCUCGGACAGACUGAGAAUAGACACAAACAAACCUUCUACACUUAGUAUUGAUAAUACUCAGCAUGAUGAUGCAGGACUUUAUUCUUGUCUUAUAACUGGGAAACAAGGCCUUGACAGCACAUCCUGGACCGUAACAGUUCUUGAAAAUCAAAACGCAAACGGUUCAUCACAGGGUAUUAUAUUUGCACUUCUAUUUGUCAUUGGAUUAAUUUUAUGCUUCAUGACUACAGCUAUCUGCCUCUACAGCAGGAGGAACGUAUCUGGACACCAAAACCAGGACAGCAGAACAUUUACUUGGGUUCAAUACAACAUUCUGGAUGGGCCCUUGGAGGCAGUUCCUUCAUCAUUCCAAGUUACCGCAGUAUGGAGGAGAACUGGCAAGCAGGACGUGGAGGCAGAACUGAUGACCAGAGGAACAACGAAAACAUCAGGAAAUGACUGACCUAAACCAGUUUACUUCACGCUUUGACUUGAAGGAUUCAUCAAAAAG